AUGCAGAGUCGGAAGCGAAGGGAAACGGUCCUGAAUUGGAAAUGUUUCAAUCUUCUACAAUUUUGCUUCUUUUACGUUAAGGUGGUUGCUACAAGUAGUGUUAACCAGCAAAAACGUAACAACUACAAGUACGUGGGAAUGGCUGCGGAAACCGAUGGGACGUUCGCUGGUGAUUUGAACUACGGACUUCAUACCCUCUUCUUUACCGAACUGUUCAGAGGCUUUGGUGUCAUGUUGGGACACGUUUUCAUGGAACCGGCUACGAUUAACUACCCAUUUGAGAAGGGUCCCCUCAGUUCUCGCUUCAGAGGUGAACAUGCUCUGCGGCGCUAUCCGUCCGGUGAAGAGCGAUGUAUAGCCUGUAAACUGUGCGAGGCGAUCUGCCCUGCGCAGGCUAUUACAAUCGAGGCGGAAACACGUCCCGACGGGAGCAGGCGUACUACGCGGUACGACAUCGACAUGACGAAAUGUAUUUACUGCGGUCUUUGUCAAGAAGCAUGUCCAGUCGACGCUAUCGUCGAAGGACCAAAUUUCGAAUACUCUACUGAAACACAUGAGGAACUGCUGUAUAACAAGGAAAAGUUGCUGUUCAAUGGUGAUCGAUGGGAACCGGAAUUAGCGGCAAACUUGCAGGCUGAAUAUUUAUAUCGCUGA